AUGUCGUUGAUGGACACCCUUCUGCGGGAUGAGACCGGCAGGGACGACACCCUAGCCAGUGACCGCAUGAGGCACCUGGAGCACGACCCUGCUGCCUUUCAAAGCGAGCAGGAGACGGUGGCACAGCUGAUCCAUCAGGUGCGGCAUGAAGAUCCCAGCACGGUCUUUCAGAUGCUGAAGCUGCUGUGGGAGUACUUUGGGGAGGCGAAACCCUUCGCGAACCAGCUGGGUCCAGAGCUGUCUCAGAGGCAUGACCAGCUAGCGGAGCUGUUCACUGAAUGGAAGAGCAUGUCAAGUUGUAAAGCGGCAGUUGCAGUGGUCAUAGAAAAUUUGAUCCUUGUUUGUCUGGCCAUCGUGGCAGUGCUCAUCAAAAUCACGCAAGUCGACUUCGUUAUCAACAAAGAGGCUUACCAGUGGGACUUGGGCGAGGUUCUGGCCGUGGCUGGCUUCAUCAACAAUCUUGCGGGCCUCUACCGCGACAGCGACGCAAGGUACGAACUCUGCAGCAGCUUGGGAACACUGGCGCCGAAGGUUGCAGGAGGAUUCCAUGAGGACUUCAGGAGGAUCUCAGGCAGAUUGGAGGAUUUCGUCCACGUUGGGCGUGAGCACAAGGAGUCUCUCCGGCUGUGGCUUCUUUGUGCAGUCACUGCUGCUGGCGUGUCCCCGGAUCUGUUGGCUGAGCGUAUCUCCAGCUUCGUGGACGAAGCCCUCGUCUGCUUGGAGCGCCAUCUGAAGGAACCGGAGGCGAAGCUGCGGGGCUUGCAGCUCUUGGUGGGCACGCUGCGUCAGAUGGGCGGCCAGGAGGCAGACUUGAAGAUGAUCUGCGAUCGGGCCGUGGCACUGUCCAGCAAGAUGAUGUCCAAGCGCCUCCAGACCCGUGCCUUCUGCCUUUGCUGCGAGCUGUUCUGGCUGCCCAAGUGGAACUUUCAGGACGCAGACCGGGGCCUUCUGUGCCUGCGGCGUGCCCUGCAAAGUGCCGACGGCGCCAUCCACUCGGACCCCUUGGAUGUGGGUCUCUUCGUUGAGAUCCUGAACGAGGUCAUCCAACUCUUCUCGCAAGGCGCCAACCAGGUAUCGCCUGCCAUCCUCAGCAAGACCCUGGCGUUGUGCGUGCAGCAUGUCAGUUACAUCGGGACGCGCAUGCCGGAGGAGCCCAUGCGGGCGCUCCGCGCAGCAGUUGCUGGCUUGGCAGCCAAGCAGAAGGAGUCGUUCGAGGCCGUUAUGGUUGGAGAUGUGUACAUCCCCUAUCUCGAAGUGGACCUGCGGCCGGCGGAAAAGCUGACAUAGCGCUCAGG